AUGCGCCCAAUCUUUAGAGAAGGGGAGUUUCUGCUCAAAUCGGACUUUCGACUCUUUGGGAGAAUGUUCACAACAAUGGAGACGUUUUGGACGCUCAAAUUGUUCUUUGUAUUUGUUCUGGGUCCUGCUAUUUGUGAGACUAGGCCAAAUUUCCUUUUGAUUUUGGCUGAUGACCUUGGUUAUGGAGAUUUGGAAACCAAUGGUCACCCAACUUCAGCCGCGCCAAGCCUGAAAAAGCUUCAUUCCGAAUCUUUAGUAUUCAGUAACUUUUAUUCUGCCAGUGCAGUUUGCUCGCCUUCCAGAGCGGCUCUGCUCACUGGUUUAUAUCCGGUUUCAACCGGAAUUUACCCCGGGGUAUUUUGGCCCUCAUCCAUCGGAGGGCUGAGCCCCAGCCACUCGACAGUGGCCCAAUACCUCCGUGAAGCUGGUUACCGAACCACCCACAUUGGCAAAUGGCAUCUGGGUGUGGGACAAAAUGGAGCCUAUCUGCCAACUGAACAUGGCUUCGAAAACUACUACGGCAUUCCUUAUUCACACGACAUGUGUCCGUGUCAAAUCUGUUUUCCCAUAAAGGAACCGUGUUUUGGACAAUGUAACAACGGUGACGUGAGUUGUCCAUUAUAUUCGAACACGACAAUUGUGGAACAACCGACAUCAUUACCGGAUUUAACCCAAAAGUAUACGCACAAGGCAAUUCUGGAAAUAGAAAGAUUCUCCAAGUCUGAGGAUCCAUUUUUCAUGUAUUUGGCUUAUCAUGAAACCCAUCACCCUCAAUUUGCAGGCGACUUUCGAAACGCAUCUUCCAGGGGCUCCUUUGGCGACGCUUUGAUGGAAAUGGACCAUUCCAUUGGAAAAAUAAUCUCAGCUUUAAAGAAGAAGAACCUUUUGAAUAAUACUUUGAUCUUCUUUACUUCGGACAAUGGACCAAGCUUGAUGCGCCAUGAACGUGGAGGCUCCGCCGGUCUUUUUCGAUGCGGAAAGGACACCACCUGGGAGGGUGGUUUAAGGGUACCAGCAUUCCUUUAUUACCCAGUGCACGUGCAACCAGGCAUAACACACGAGUUGGCAUCAACGCUUGAUGUGACACCCACCAUUUUGGCCUUGGCUAAUGUAACUUCCAGAACCGAUGUCAGCCAUGGUUUCGAUCUGAGUCCUCUAUUCCUCAACCAUUCUCAGGAAGUUCGCCAAUCUCUAGCCAUGUUUUCAACCGAACCGAAGAAGGCCUUUGAACCAUACGCCAUCCGUUACAAGCAUUUCAAAUCCCAUUUUUACACGAGAGGAAGCUCUUUGUCAGAUGAUCUGAACUUUGAUCAUGCCUGCAGAUCCUCAUCUCGACAAGAGAAACACGACCAAGCUUUGAUCUUCGAUCUGAGUGUCGACCCAUCAGAGAGAUAUGACUUACGCUCCCCCGAGGCCCGGAAGCUUCGAGGCCAAAUGGAACAAUUACGUCAAGAAUAUAGGGCAAAUGUCACUUGGGCCCCGAGUGAGAUGGCCAAGGGACAAAAUCGUCAUCUCUCGCCUUGCUGUAGCCGACCGGCCACAUGCGAACCCUUCCCCGACUGUUGCGAUUGUGACGAGGAGGGCUCCUUCUCGUCUCCCAAUGACCGUCUGCCCGAGAUCUCAGUUAUCUCCGUUGGGCCUUGAAGAUGGCGGGAAUGAUAUCUCGAUGAGUAGGAUGAACUGUGAUGCAAUAUGUGCGAGUUCUACCUAAUAAACGAAUGAUGCAUGGUAUGUUUUGAA